GUCACGUUAAUGCCGAAGUUCCCGGAUGUGGAGUCUCCUCUAUGGAUGAAAACAGAGUUCCAGCAUUUCGCCUUUGGUUUUCAAGCAAGAAAUGGAAAAGUACAUGAUCCACAGCCGAAUGGUGUCACAUUAUAAAAAAGUGUUCUCUGCCAAAGCUGCAGUGGACUCGACAGUGCCUAGAAGUGUAUGCAGCAGUGUGAAAUACCGUGACCAGCAGCGAAAAGAGCAGUGCAAGGCGGAUGUGGCCCAGUAUAAAAGGCUUGUCCAUUCAGUUCAGUCAGCGUACCAAAGAAGCAAUACAGCUAACACCCAAACCUCCCCUACUAAAAGUGUAAAGGACAGAACAUUUUCUGAAAUGUCCAUGAGGUCAUUCUCCAAUACCUCUUUCUUUUCCAAGCAAGCUGUGUGUCCUUUCCAGCAAAGCAAGCGAAAUGGAAGACCAUCAAGUCAUUUCAAAGCUGACCUUAGCUAUCAAAGUCCAAAAUCCCAAAGGCAACCCUCUGUCCAGUCUAGUAUCAUAUCUGGAAACCAGAAGUCCUUUCAGGAUCCUGCUCAAAAAACCUACAGUGGUGAUCUUCUUCAGAGGCAUUCCCAUCGCUUCACAGAGAGUAAACCCUUCAGUCCAAGGAUGCUAAAAUCUGGUAGUAAGUCUUACUUGUCCAAAUAUCGCUACUAUCGUUCUCCUCAAAGGAUGGUACCUCAGGAAAAUGCUGCCAAGGUGACCCAUCAGGAUAUGCAUCACAGGAGCACACAUGUUAAAGUUAAUGCUCUUGAGGAUGAAAGGAAUCUGCUUGGGAAAUGUAAUGAGCCUGAAAAACCCGUGAUUUUAAACUUGACAGAGCUAAAGACUCACUGCAAAAAAAAGAUGAACUGGAGAACAUUGAAUCAUUUUGACUCUUCUUCCUGGGAAGAGGAGAUUAUAUACCUUAAAUUUGUUUUGGAUGUUACAAAUGACAUCUUAUCCAGGGGAAUGUAUUCUAACAGGGUGUUUGACCAUGUAUUCGAUCAUCACGUGGAAAUGAAUAAACAUCGGCUAAGUAAAGACAAAAUGCACCAGAUUUUGGAGGUUCUACAUGGUGAUCUUGAACGUCCUAUGAAUUUGUUAAUCUCCCCUUCAGAGCCUGAAGAUAAAGAAAAAAAUUUCCCACUUUUGGAUGUCCUCCACUGCAAGCAAACAGUUUCUAAAAUCAAAAAGGAUGACCUUUGUACUGAUGUUGUUCUGGAAAAAGUCAAUGGGGGACUACAGGAUGUUCAGAACAGUCGGGUUUCCCAAGUGGCACCAGAUCUCCACUCCGAGAACAGUAACUUAUCUCAAUGUGGUGAACGUAGAGCAAACACCACAAAAGACACUGAAACAGUACAGAACAAUGAAUAUGAUUACAUCAAAUAUUUUAAUGUGGUUGAUAGAGAAAAUCAAGAUAAUAUGGAAAAAUUGCGAAAUAACUUUGCAAGUUCCUUAUUUUUGUCUUGAGGGCCUGGUACCUUUUAGAUGAUAUGGGAAGAUAAGUCGGAGCCCUUUUGCUCUUAUUUCCUUAAUGUAUGGUUCUUCACAUUUUAAAAGCAAACAAAUGGUAUUCAAGACUUUUAUUUUUAUAUCUGACUUUUUUGGAAAGCACUUUGAAGACUAAGUUCUGAAAAAAUAUGAAAAGACUAGCCACAAACAAUAUUUUUUUAAUUUUAUGAAAUAUGUUGGUAUUUAACCUGUCCUUCCCAAAACUACCUUUAACUUUGGUUUUUAAUUAAUUUUAAGUGAAAUUUUUAAUUCAGGAACUCACUAGUUAUUAAUGUCAGGAUUAGAUACCAAAACCCUACUGCUAACCACACCAAUGUUUAUGCUGUGACUGGUACUGUUUUAGCUAAACAGUUGGGAAAUAAAAAUAUUGUUACUUCAGUAUAAAUUUGUUGAAACGACAUGUUACAGCACGAGAACAUUCCUUAAACAGGAAUAAGUCUUGCAUUAUUUUUUUUCGGGUAACUGAAAAAUUGCCAUGAAAUUUGCACUCCGCUGGUGAAUAUUAAUAAUACAGUGUAAAGAAACUUAAGGAAAAAUAUUUCUCUAUAAUCAGUAAAGUAAUGUUAUUAAUAAUGUAAUAAUAUUAGUGUCAUGGUCUUGUAUGUUUUCAGUCAUGUUUGAAUAAACUUGUCAGUCCUGGUAACAGAUCGACAUUUUUCUUCAAAAUAAAAA